AUGCGUUCUUCAGCUCUCAUCACCCUCGUCCUCGCGGCCGUCGUAUCGGCACAUAGUGUCAUUACCUACCCAGGAUGGAGAGGAAACAACCUGAUCACCAACGCAACCUUUCCCUACGGAAUGCAAUGGAUGUAUCCUUGUACAGGAGGAGCUAUUGCCUUCCAGCCUGGAUGGUUCCGAGGCCACGAGACUGCCUUUGCCUACAUCAACAUGGGAUUCGGCGAUGACGGCCCAGACGGUGGCCCUGCCAACAUGACCCUCCCCAUGGUUCCCCAGUUCCAGAUUCUCGGUCCCACCAACAACCCCUUCCCCGGAACCAUCUGUCUCCCUCAAGUGCCUCUUCCCAAGAACACGACAGUAAAGGCUGGCGACAAGGCAACUAUCCAGAUUGUCGAGCUUGCCAUCCACGGCGCUGCCCUGUACUCUUGCGUCGACAUCAUCUUUGCCGAACCCGGAGACAAGAGACUAGCCGAGGUCAACAAGACCAACUGCUUCAACUCGACCGACAUUGGCUUCGCAGAGGUCUUUACCAUCACCACCAAGGAAUCCGGCACAGACGAAUACGUCAAAGACUCGAGCGCACAUGCCCCUCAUCAAGUGAGCUGGGCUACCCUACUACCUCUUGUAGGAACCGCUCUAUGGGCUCUCUCUUUCGCAUGA